UGAACCGUCUUGCAACUCUUCAACUCUUGCAUCAUAGACUUGUAAUAUUGCCCAAGUCACGCCACGCGGCUACAACUAGGGUGGGUCAUUAUUCAGAGCCACAUUGGAGUACCUACAGGAAGUCAGGAAGCAUUCAAUGCCAACCUAAGUUGGAGUCGGAAGUUUUGGCAGUUUGGUGGCAUUGCCGCCUGCGUGGGGGCAUCCAAAUUCCAGGGCGCACUUUCUGCCCAAUUUUCGUGCCUGUCUUCCUUCUUCGUGUUCCGCCACGGUCACUUAUCCUACACAUUGGGCUAAGCAGCAUUAAGCAAUUCAGUCACAUUGACAGGCGGUGUCCUUGUCCGUAUCGCCCCUAGCCACAAUGUCGUCUGUUGAGAAGUCUGAGAAGAAGAAGAAGAAAAGCAAAGCGAAGUCUGAGCCGGAGGAGGCCGCUCCGGAGGCAAAUGGGGUGCUUGCAGACGCGGCAGCGGGCAAUGCACAGCUCUCGACUGACUUCCUUAUCAAACCCGAGAACAUUACCGCCAAGCUCGACACGUCAAAGUGGCCCAUAUUGCUCAAGAACUACGACAAGCUGAACGUGCGCACCGGGCAUUACACGCCAAUCCCCACCGGUUUCUCGCCGCUCAAGCGGCCUCUCUACGACUAUGUAAGGUACGGGGUGAUAAACCUCGACAAGCCAGCGAACCCGUCGUCGCACGAGGUGGUCGCGUGGAUCCGGCGGAUUCUGCGGGUAGAUAAAACCGGGCACAGCGGGACGCUUGACCCGAAGGUGACGGGCAGCCUGGUCGUGUGCAUCGACCGCGCGACGCGGCUCGUGAAGGCGCAGCAGGGCGCCGGGAAGGAGUACGUGUGCGUUGCACGGCUCCACUCUGCGGUGGACGACGUCGCCAAGGUGGCGCGGGCAAUCGAGACGCUGACGGGCGCGCUGUUCCAGCGCCCGCCGCUCAUCUCAGCCGUCAAGCGGCAGCUGCGCAUUCGGACGAUCUACAAGAGCAAGCUGUUGGAGUACGAUGCGGAGCGGCAGCUGGUCGUGUUCUGGGUGUCGUGCGAGGCGGGGACGUACAUCCGGACGCUGUGCGUGCACUUGGGGCUGCUGCUAGGGGUGGGCGGGCAUAUGCAGGAGCUCCGGAGAGUGCGGAGCGGGAUCCUGGGGGAGCAGGACAAUCUGGUAACGAUGCACGACGUGCUCGAUGCGCAGUGGCAGUAUGACAACUACAAAGAUGAGGCAUACCUGCGGCGCGUCAUCUCCCCUCUGGAGAUCCUGCUGACCAGCUACAAGCGGAUCGUGGUCAAGGACAGCGCAGUGAACGCCAUCUGCUAUGGGGCAAAGCUCAUGAUCCCGGGGCUGCUUAGGUACGAGUCGGGCAUCGAGGUGAACGAGGAGGUGGUCCUGAUGACCACCAAGGGCGAGGCGAUCGCGCUCGGCGUCGCCCAGAUGACGACAGCUGUCAUGGCCACGUGUGACCACGGGGUAGUGGCGAAAGUGAAGCGGGUGGUGAUGGAGCGAGACACCUACCCCCGCAAAUGGGGCCUUGGCCCCACCGCCCAGAGCAAGAAGAAGCUCAUCGCCGAGGGGCUGCUCGACAAGCACGGGAAGCCGAACGAGAAGACCCCCCCGGAGUGGAUGCGCAACGUGCCGCUGCUGACGGGGGGCGACACAGAGGCCGCAGCUGCCGCCACUCCGGUUGCAACAAAGGGCGAUGUUGACGAGGAGCCCAAAACGGAGGAGAAGAAGAAGAAAAAGAAGAAGGACAAAGGGGGGGAAGAGGCGGUGGAGGCAGCUGCGGAGGCCGCAGGGGGGGAUGAGGAAGGGGCGACCGCAAAGAAGCGGAAGAAGAAGGACCGGUCGCCGGAGCCGGAGGGGGCUUCGACGGAGAAGAAGAAAAAGAAGAAGGUGGAGGAGGAGGAUGGGGGGGAUGCGGAGAAGAGCGAGAAGAAGAAAAAGAAGAGCAAGGGGGACGGGGAAGAAGCGGGUACCGGGGUGGAGGGAACCAGUAGCGAGAAGAAGAAGAAGAAAAAGAAGGAGGAAAGUUGAGCGAAGGGCUAGCUUUUGUUGCCCUCCGAGAUCCAUGUGUGUAUAUUAUCCAAAGUCUGGCCAAAUGCGUCCCAGGUUCCAACAUUUGUCGCUCGAAUUCAGGGUCAUUCUGUCAGUCAACCUGGUAUUAUGGGUGGUGC